CAGGUGACUCUACUGCGAUCUUAUACUACUUCUCAGAAGAAGUCGUAAGACAUAAAACAGCGAACUGUGUGCUAAAAAGUCCAAUGUGCUAAAAAGCGAGAGAUAAUAUGUGAAUUGUGUCUGUGUAAAUCGUGGUGCAUACUAAUUGCUUAGAGUGAUCAACGCUGUUGUACAAAAUAAUACGGCAUUCGAAGCGUCAUGGCUGAUAGUCGGCAUAGCAAUCGACAGGGACUCCUACAGGCGGACUGUGAUCGACGAAAAUCAUUACUCAGGUUCAAAGCCGAACUCUCACGAAUCUUCUUUACACCGGAAGCACCAAUCAACAAAUUUAGCGACGAAUAUGAUAACUUCUGGAGGUUCUUACCCCGCUAUGAGGAUAAGAUGGCCAACGCGUCGAAGAAAACCUUUUGCGAUGACGUAGGACAAGGAGACUCUUCCGAGGUCUCGGGGCCCUUCCCAUGCUGGAAUAGGCCCACGCAGGAGCUCCUGCAGCGGAUAGUCAUUGAUAGGAAUCAGCGGGAUUACCUUAAAGAAGAAGAUGUGGACUUUAUGAGGGGAGCUCUCAAUACCUAUAUGAAGUUUCUAGAAAAACAGCGGGAGAAAAGGGCUAAUAAGCUAAAGGAGUUCCAGGAGGGGCUUCCCAUAGCCAAGGAAAGGGAUAAUCUAGUUCGGAUCCUGAAAGACAAUCAGGUAGUUGUUGUUGCUGGUGAUACGGGAUGUGGAAAGUCAACACAAGUACCACGAUACCUACUGGAGGCAGGCUACGAAGGUUUGGUGGUCACUCAGCCCCGGCGGCUUGCAGCAAUCGCGUUAGCGGCCAGAGUUAGCUACGAAGUUGGAUGCGAGCUAGGUUCGGUCGUCGGCUAUCACAUACGCUUCGAGAAAAAGACUAGUAAAAACACGAAGCUGAUAUUCAUGACAGAGGGCCUUCUACUGCGACUCCUUUCAACGCCGUUGAAGGAUAAAGAUGAAUCUUCUUCUAGUGCUGAGUCAAUCGAAGGCUUUCAGUCAGGAGGUCUCUCGAACACUAAGCUGCCGGUCGCGGAUCCUUCCGAGACCUCUGCUUCGUGUAAGGUUGAAAGUGAGGACCGCCUACCGCUGUCUGCCCACCAAGUAAUCAUUCUUGACGAGGUCCACGAACGUCACUUGUCAUGCGACCUGCUAAUAGGACUUGUAAAGUGUCUAAAAACGAAGCGGCCUGAGCUCCGUAUCAUCCUCAUGAGUGCGACCGCUAAUCUUCAACUGUUCUCUAAUUACUUUGACAAUUGUCCAGUUAUUCAGGUACCGGGUCGGUUGUAUCCAGUUGAGAUAGAAUAUUUUCCUCCAGAUCGCGAUCGUGAGCCACAGGCAAGAUAUAAGCGACGGGCUAACUUCGACCCUACUCCAUAUGUUCGAGUCCUGAGUCUGAUUGAACAGACUACAGCGAAAAAUGAGCGGGGCGACGUUCUCGUGUUUCUCAGUGGAGCACAAGAGAUAUCAACGUUACAAGAGGCUUUAGACGGUCGGAAAGGGUGGACCGUUUUGCCCCUGUACUCGGCGCUGCCGCUAAAACAGCAGGAUCGAGUUUUUCUACCGGCGCCCGAAGGCGUUCGAAAAUGUAUUUUGGCAACGAACAUCGCCGAAACAUCGGUUACGAUAGACGGCGUUCGCUUUGUGAUCGACUCCGGCAAGGUCAAAGAGAUGACGUAUCUUGCUGCCUGUCGCAUGCAAAAGCUGAAGGAAUUUUGGUGCUCAAAGGCUUCAGCCCAGCAGCGGAAAGGUCGAGCUGGAAGAACCGGCCCUGGAAAGUGUUUCCGAUUAUACUCCGAGCAGCAGUUUGAAGAAAUGGAAGAUUUCAGUUUGCCCGAAAUCCAACGUGUCCCUCUUCACUCGCUUGUGCUACAAUUGGUUCAGCUAGGACUCGCUGAUGUUAGGCAAUUCCCAUUCCUGGAAAGUCCACCAAUGGAUUUACUGGAGCAUUCGAUCUGCACAUUGACGCGGCAGGGUGCUCUUACAGCUGAUGAAUCUCUCACAGUCAUGGGAGAAAUUCUGACCCAAUUGCCUGUUGAUCUCAGCGUGGGGAAGGUCCUUCUUCUCGGAUGUUUGUUCCGUGAACUUCUCGAAGCCGCUCUAACGCUAGCAGCAGCUAUGAGCGUGCAAAACCCGAUGUUGCCGCACAGUUUCCGUGAUUACGACAUGUGCCGACGGAGAAAGAACUUGGAAAACGAUGUCGGGGACCCACUGACGAUUAUGCGAAUCUAUCACGAGUGGCUGCGCAUAAAAUUGGAUGGCAACGAAUCCUCGGGGUCCUGGUGUCGCCGCUGUGGUAUUGACGAGCAGCGUUUGUACGAGCUCACUAAGCUACGAAGUCAGUUCCUCAGAAUUCUUAAGGAUGCAAAACUUUACGACAUCCCCGAAGCUGAAUUGACAUCGUCGGAGCGAAUGCGUCGCCAUGGGGAAAUUAGACAACUUCGAGAUCUGAAGCGGGAUGUUUUGCGUCAAGAGAAACAGGGGCGUAAACGCAAGUGGGCAUUGACAGCUGAUAAUGAGGACGGUGAUGAUCACGACGAAGAAGACGAUGAGAUGGACAUCAAAAACAUUGACUUCAGACUUGCCCAAGACAGAAAAACCCUUAGCCGGCUUCUGCGAAAGGGUUCGGAGCUCAGCGGAUCUGAGCGAAAGGUGCUUCUCUGGCUUCUCGCGGCAGGACUUUAUCCCCAGGUAGCGUUUAGCGAUGCGUACAACUCGUAUAAGAAGGAUACCGAUCUGUUGUUUCAUACGGAAACGAAAGGUUUCGUGACCCUUCAUCCAAAUUCAGUCUUGGCGCUAAACCCCGAAGCGCUUCGAUUGGAUGACGCCGAUAUUGUCGGGGCAGAAGGCGGACUUUCGAUAUCUUCUCGCCACCAAAUGUUGGCUUACAUCUCACUUCUGGAGACCACAAAACCGAAUCUCGUUGGUUGCGUUCGCCUGUCCACGAUACACUACAUACUGAUGCUGGCCGGUGAAAUUCACACGUCUCCAUGUGUGCAGCGUUUCGUGCUCGACUCCAUAGUCGAACUGCGUAUCGUGAGGUCUUCUGAAGAUUGCAGGCCUUCCACGCUACUUCUUCGUGUGAUGCAAGCAAGACUCCUUUUCCAGAUCGUGUUCAGGAAGAUGCUUGAUGAAAGUAUCCAGGACGACAACGAAAAUGGUUUAUCACCGGAAACGCGCCGCCUUUCUAGACGAUUACUGAAAAUGAUUGGUUCAUUGUUAACGCAAUUUACCGACAUUUAUUAUACGCAACGUCGGCUGCUUCCAGCUGACUUAAAAGUCAUUUUCACUGGUGAGCCGCAUCGUAUAUGUGGCUUCGUGCUUCUUGGAAGUCUCAAGUCGCUGCCGAAAACUUUUGCCGAGGACAGUAACAACGACGACUCUCCUAAAGAUUCUACAAAGUCAAGACAAGAAACUUUUGAGUGUCCAGAGUGCCACGAAAUCCAUUUCUCAUUCGCGUCAUGUGCCACUCACCUAAAGACGUGCAUCCUUAGACAAUACGAUUGUUCUCAGUCAAGCAGGAGUCAGGAUCCUGCUCGUAAAAAAGAUUGGUUGGACCAAGCAGACGUUACAGAUGAAAGAAACCAAGGCCAUUUUUGCCAGGACUGUAAGCGCCAUAUUCAAGGCAAAUCGGCUUUCGACAUCCUCAGACAUAAUAGACAAGUUCAUCAGCGAUAGCCGUGAUUCAUUUCUGUAUUUAAGACCGGAUCACGGCACCAUUGAUUAAAUAGGAUCAUUUCCGUGCCGAUCGUCAGGUAGCAAUACUUCCAGUGAAUGUACUUGGGCUACGUCUGUACGUCGUAAGCUUGUUUUGUUUAUGACGUACAUGGUGAGAUUAGGAUUUAGACAGCUCUUGUAAAUAAAACACUUAUUAUUACAUAUAAGUAUUAAUGCGCGGUUUGUUUUUUCUGCACGGUAAGUGCUCAUCAACGAUACGGCUAAAAUCGGUUGAUUCGAAAUUGUCGCUGGAAAAAUCUACUCGCUCCUUGGCUGGAAGUACCCUAAAAUCUGUAGAUUGUUCAUAGCCUUAGUAGGUAAGUUUUAAUCAAACGUAGCUAUGCCAACCAUACAAACAUUAAUGUAUUUUCGAUCCAUCUAUUAUUGCAUGAACUGAUCGAUUCACUGCUAUCUGUUCAGUUGCUUUCCUUUCCCAUGUGAUGUUUGAAAUCUGCUCACAAUUUAAGCUGACC